CCAAAACAAGCAGCUAUACAUACACAAAUAUUUACAAUACAUGCAAUUUACGGAAUUUUUGAAAAUUCUUGAAAUUUUAGGUAAUUUUCUUUGCCGAAUGUUCUCCUUUGUCAAUUUUUGUGAUUUUGAGUUUAUUUUAGAAACAUUAUUGUUAUUUUUCGUCGGUAAAUCAGAUUCCCCCACUGACUAGUCGACGAUUUAUCGAUUAAGCGCGCGACGAACGACAUCUCGGCAACACGUGGUAUCAGUGGUAUCACUCGAUGUCCCAACUCUAUAGUUUAUCAUCCAUCUACUCUACUUCGUUUCGUUUCGUCAGUCAUCGUCAGUCGCGUUAUGUUCACCGUAGUGAUGUUGUAGUUCUCACGGUCAUCGUUCUUCCCUAAUAAAUUUCACAUUCUGCUGCAGUGUCAGUGACUGUGAAAAAAACGUAACUUAAUUUUUGCACGUUAAUCCUCUUUUCAUCCUUCUUCCUCGCACAUCUCGCUCACAGAAGUGCAAAAAGUCAUUAAGGUUAAGCGCGAUUCCCAGUUGUGGUGAAAGUGUUUACGUAUUUCGGCCAAGUUAGAGUCUUUCCUUCGGCUCCGUCUCUUCUGCUUUCCUUCUUCGAUUAUUGCUUCUCAAUCCUGACGUCUCAUACCUUCUUCUUCUUCUUCUUCCUCUUCCUUUCCCUUUGGAUUUUUGUUCCAACGGAACAAAGGAUUUUUGACGUCUCAUACCUAAUACAUUCCAAAACUCGACGAUUGAUUAUACCUGGUGUCCGAAACGUAACAAUGAGCAACGAUAAGAAACAUGACGUAAUCAAAGUUGGAUCUCGAAAUAGCGAGUUGGCCUUGAUACAAACUAAAUACGUGAUACAAUGUCUAAAAGAGAUUCACCCAAAGAAAGAUUUCGAAAUAGUGGCAAUGAGUACCAAGGGAGAUAAGAUUUUGGACAAAUCUUUACCAAAAAUCGGUGAGAAAUCUCUGUUUACUGAGGAGCUGGAAUUAGCUUUAGAAAAUGGUCGCGUUGAUUUCGUGGUGCAUUCAUUAAAAGAUUUACCAACAACACUACCGGCAGGAAUGGCUCUAGGUGCAAUAUUAAAACGUGAGGACCCACGCGACGCGGUGGUCAUGUCAAAUAAAUUCAAAAACAAGACAUUAUCCACAUUGCCAAAAGGUAGUGUCAUAGGUACUAGUUCUUUGCGUAGGUGUGCGCAAUUAUCAAGGAAUAUGCCGCACUUAAAAAUAGAGAAUAUUCGUGGUAACUUGAACACUAGACUGAAGAAACUAGACGAUGAAAAUGGCUCCUAUGCCGCGAUAAUAUUAGCUGCCGCUGGUUUAAAAAGAAUGGGUUGGGAAGACAGAAUAAGUCAGAUUCUGGAACCCGAGGAAGCUCUUUAUGCUAUUGGUCAAGGUGCAUUGGGUGUCGAAUGUCGAGAGUCAGAUUGGGAAAUACGUUCUCUCUUGGAACCAUUGAUUGAUUUAGAAACCACAUUGAGAUGCGUAUGCGAGCGUUCAUUUCUGAAAAUUCUUGGCGGCGGAUGCUCCGCACCAGUCGCAGUGUCUUCAUCUUUGACAAAGAACGAGUUGACCAUUACCGGUGCUGUAUGGUCCUUAAACGGUCAAACUCUGAUUAUAGAUACCUGUAACAGCAAAUUGUAUUUACCCAAUGACGAUGGCGAGCCUCCUCGGAAAUGUCCAUAUCAACAACCUCGCCUUUAUAGUAGCGUUGUUCCUAGUAAAAUAAGCAGUAUAAGUCUUCUUGGUGCAGAAGAGCUUGGUAAAAGUUUGGCUGAGAGUCUUAUUAAGAAAGAUGCUCUCGACUUAAUGUCGCAAGCCAGAAAUGAAAUCUUAGAUUCAAAAUAAUUGUCAAAUAUAAUUUGUACUUGGUUCCUGGUUGUAAAUGUGCACUUAAAGAAUGUAUAUUAAUGUAAAAUAACAAUUACCUAUUGGUAAUUGAUAAUUAUUAUUCCCCUAUUAUUUCGAUACCUCAUGACAUGACAUCCAUUGUACAUUUUUGCUUGUAUAUGCUCAAAUUGGAAAACUGUUGGGGUACAAACCAUUGUUAAAGUUGUACAAAUCAUUGUUUUUUUGUACUGGUGCAUUUCUGAAACUUACUGUUGCAAAUGUUGUACACAUUUAACUUAUUGUAUUUAAUGAAUCAAAAAAAGUACAAAUAAUUGUAAUUAUAACAGUGAAAAAUAUUGGAAAUAGUCAUGCUUACCAAUUAUUAAAAUUCUUGUAUUGAUGCAUUUCUAUUUUGAUUGUAUAUUAUUGUUAUGUAAAUAAUGUUGGAUUUAUUGUACAUAAAUAACAAUUGAUGAAGAAAAUAU